UUUCAAUAUUUUACUUGCGUUCAUUUCAACAGUUACGGAAUGUUGCAAACUAGGAGACUUCAUAGCAGAUGCUAUGUACGCCAACAUCUUCUACAGGUGUGAAAAUGUUGAUGACUAUGGAAAUCUACGACCUACCAAAAUGUCGUGCGCUAACGGGGCCCGGACUGACGACGGCUUCAUUAAUGGCCCUUCCUACACCAAGUACCCGAUCUGCGGUGUAGAUGAGCCCGCUUGUACUGCUGACUACCCCGGACAGUGUUUUAGGCAGAACUCAGGCUUCACCGACUGGAUCAGUUUCGACAGUCCAAAAAGCGGCGAUGGUGACAACGAACUGCUGCUUGACCCAGAGUUUAUGUGCCACAACAGUUUCCCAGGCUCAGAAGUGACCCCUGUCAUUCAGUGCCGCGUUGCCGGUACGGACAUCCCGUGGUGGGCAGCUGGGCAGAAACUGAAAGUCGCGUGCGAGCCCUUCAAAGGACUCCAGUGCCUCAAUAAGGAUAACGGGUACAAAGGCUGCAAGGACUACGAAGUGCGCGUGUACUGCGCUCAACCUGCAUACAAGUACUACCGAUGUGCAGGAACUAAGUUACAAAAGGAUGCGCACAAAGACUUCCUCGGUGGUGUGACCAAGUUUGACCCCAAGUUCGAUGAAAAACCUUACUUCAACAACGACUAUUUGAACAUGGCUUUUAAAUACGGCAGUGUGAGGGAGGGCAAAACGAUUGUGCCUGAUGUAGAAGUUGACGACAUAAUCCCGGCACCUAAUCCCGUUCCUGGCUAUGUCGCCCCUGCUGAUGGUUACGCUAACAAAGGUCCUGCUGCUGGCUAUGCUCCCGGCCCUGCUGGCUAUGAUGACAAAGCUCCUGCUGCUGGCUAUGCCCCCGGCCCUGCUGAUGGAUACGCUGACAAAGCUCCUGCUGCUGCCUAUGCCCCCGGCCCUGCUGGCUAUGAUGACAAAGCUCCUGCUGCUGGCUUUGCCCCCGGCCAUGCUGCUGGCUAUGAUGACAAAGGUCCUGCUGCUGCUGGUUAUCCUGACAAAGCUCCUGUUGGUCGCUAUGGUCCAGGCCCUGGUGCUGGUUAUCCUGAUCAAGCUCCUGCUGCUGGCUAUGCCCCCGGCCCUGCUGAUGGAUACGUUGACAAAGCUCCUGCUGCUCCCGCCCCUGCCGCUGUUGCUGGCUAUCCUGACAAGGGUCCUGCUGCUAGCUAUGGUCCCGCCCCUGCUUCUGGCUAUGCCGACAAAGGUCCUGCUGCUGGCUAUGAUGACAAAGGUCCUGCUGCUGGCUAUCCUGACAAGGCUCCUGUUGAUGUCUAUGGUCCAGGUCCUGCUGCUGGCUAUCCUCACAAACCUCCUGUUGAUGGCUAUGGUCCAGGCCCUGCUGCUGGCUAUCCUGACAAAGCUCCUGCUGCUGGCUAUGGUCCCGACCUUGCUGCUGGCUAUGCCGUCAAAGUUCCUGUUGCUGGCUAUGGUCCCGCUCCUGGUGCUCGCUAUGCUGACAAAGCUCCCUUUGUUGGCUAUGGUCCCGCUUACAAGAACAGAGCCAUCUUUGCCAGGCCAGUUCAAAGCGUCAGUAAGGCAGCCAACAGGCAUUUUACCAUAAGAAGAUUCGGAAAACCAAGAUCUGCCUCGAAACUCUUACCAAAACGUUUUGCUGCCUUCCAACCAUUUACAGGCAUCUUUGGGUAA